ACCCUGACAUGACAUAAAGGCGGACACUGAACCACGUUCGCCACACAGACACACACCUCUUUCCUUGAGCAUUCACUUAGGUGAGGCUCUCCUGGGGCCCCACUCGAUCCACUCAUGAACCCGUACCAGCAGCAGACGCAUUUUCUGGAGAUCCACAACAAGAACUGCUGUGUGUUCAGGGACAACUUCAUUGCCAAUGUCCUGCCGCCGGUGCUGGUGCUGGAGUUUGUGUUUGGGCUCCUGGGCAAUGGCCUUGCCCUGUGGAUUUUCUGCUUUCACCUCAAGUCCUGGAAAUCCAGCCGGAUUUUCCUGUUCAACUUGGCCGUGGCUGACUUUCUCCUGAUCAUCUGCCUGCCCUUCCUGACGGACAACUACGUGAGGAAGUGGGACUGGAAGUUCGGGGACAUCCCUUGCCGGCUGAUGCUGUUCAUGCUGGCCAUGAAUCGCCAAGGCAGCAUCAUCUUCCUCACCGUGGUGGCCGUGGACAGGUAUUUCCGGGUGGUCCACCCCCACCACGCUCUGAACAAGAUCUCCAACCGGACGGCGGCCAUCGUCUCCUGCCUCCUGUGGGUCCUUACCAUCGGCCUGACCACUCACCUCCUGUACAACAAGAUGCUGAUCAAGAACCGUGACGCGAAUUUGUGCAGCAGCUUCAGCAUCUGCCAGACCUUCAGGUGGCACGACGCCAUGUUCCUCCUGGAGUUCUUCCUGCCCCUGGGCAUCAUCCUGUUCUGCUCGGUCAGGAUCAUCUGGAGCCUGCGGCAGAGGCAAAUGGACAGGCAUGCCAAGAUCAAGAGGGCCAUCAACUUCAUCAUGGUGGUGGCCGUGGUCUUUGUCAUCAGCUUCCUGCCCAGCGUGGCCGUGCGCAUACGCAUUUUCUGGCUCCUGCACACAACGGGGACGAUGAACUGUGACAUCUAUCGCUCGGUCGACCUGGCGUUUUUCAUCACCCUCAGCUUCACCUACAUGAACAGCAUGCUGGACCCGUUGGUGUACUACUUCUCCAGCCCAUCUUUCCCCAACUUCUUCUCCAGCUUGAUCAGCCGCUGCAUCCGGAAGAAGACUCUGGAGGAGCCAGAUAAUAACCGGAGCACAAGCAUGGAGCUCACGGGGGAUCUGAAUGCUACCAGGAGUAUUCCAGAGGCUUUAAUGGCCAACCCCAGGGAGCCACGGAGCCCCCCUUAUUUGACUCCAGCCUCUCGUUAAAUAACCAUGCCGAGAAGGGCGAUUGUCACUGAGAUCCGAGAUCUCCGGGGAAACAGUUGGGCUGGAGCACACAAUAACAUCACUAGACUCGGCCUGAGGUUUCCUGGAACUUCCAGGUUCCGAGAAUCCAAUUUAGAGAAGCGGUGUGGCAGAGCGGGCCGCUUGGUUGCAGAGUGUCACCAUGGAAAUCUUGGAGGAAUGGAGACUAAAGUUCCUAUGCAUCUGAAACUUUUGCUCCAUCUCAGACACUUGCAGAAGUGAAGAUGGCAAAAACCAUCCGUGUUUCUGCCAAGCGGAGCUGGAGCCAGAGAUCUCCAUCGUGCGGCACCUGUGAUUCAUGGGCCUCUUUCCUUCACCUGCCUGAGCCUUGGAUGGUUCUUAGCUCCCGGAGUCAUGCCUUCCCUGUUCGUGGCUCCAGCUGGGAAAAGCAGAGCUAAGUGACUGGAGGGGAGUUACUAUUUACUGGAGGCAGCCCAGGCAUCGUUAUACCAGCCAGUAGAUCUCCUGGGUUUCGUGGGAUUGCUGCAUCUUUUAGCCAAGCUUUAGCAGAAACGGACGAGACAAAGAGACUCAUGACCUUUGGUGAAUGGCCGCGUUUCCAGUGGUGGUAAGAAGGGAAUCAGCCCCAAGAGGUACUGGGCCAAGCAAGCAGUGUUGCUAAGCAAAAGGUAAUGGCAUUUGUGCCCCAACCUGCAACUAAUCCAUUCCUCUCUUGUUGACGCUAAUUUUGACGGUUGAGCAGUUAAAAAGGCUUCAGGGAAAAGAGUGUCUUCCCACCUCUGUUUGCUUUUAUCAUUAAAAGGAAAUGCUGCCCAGUGGUUAGAGGGGGAGGCUUCCUCCCGGUUCAUUUGCCUGUGUUUCUGUACUUAAUAAGAAAACUACCACUUCAAUAAACUUUGAUAUGAGA